AUGUUCCACGAUACUCUUUCCAUGACAGGUGAAAUUCACCCUUGCUUCACCUUCAAGCAGAGGCUAAUCAACUGAGUGGAGUCAGAGCCUAUUUACACUAGAAUGUGCAGGACCAAAAAGGAGGAUUAUAAUGAGUGCCACACUAAAGAAAAGUAUAAAGCUGCUCAAUAUUUCAUUGGUAAUGAGCUCCAUAAACAGAAAAUUUACUCCCUUCCAGUGUAUGAUGAAGCUACAGAUACCUUUAAGGAUGGACCACUUCCAAAAGACGCUGAUGGCUACUUCAACACGGAUAAGCAGGUGUAUUACUCAGACCCUCAAUAA